AUGAAUUCCUUGUUGGUGAUCGAUCACAUCCUCGGAGUAGGGGAGAUUUAUUCAUUUUUGGAGGAGAUGAUAAGAAAGUUGAAGAUUGCCGGGUAUGUUCCCGAGUUAGGGGAAGUUUUGCUUGAUUUUGAUGAUGAGGAAGAUAAAGAGACUACUCUUUCUGUACACAGUGAGAAGUUGGCGAUUGCUUUUGGACUGAUGAACACAGCACCAGGAACUCCAAUUUGCAUAGUGAAGAAUUUAAGAGUUUGUGGGGAUUGUCAUGAAGCAAUAAAAUUCAUCUCCAAGGUUUAUGAUCGAGUAAUUAUAGUACGAGAUAGGAUGAGGUAUCACCACUUUAAAGAUGGAGUUUGUUCUUGCAAAGAUUACUGGUAG